UUUUACAAAAGAAUUGAUCAUCAUUUUAAUUCAUUCGCUCAUUUGCGAUAACGAAUCUAACGCGGGAGAACAUAAUGAUUUACUCAUUCAACAAAUAACGCCUCAAGUUAUUGAUAUUGACAGUGAAGAUAAACAUGAGGAAGCAGUAGAGGAAUAUCCUGAAGGUGACUCAUGCGUAGUUUGUAAAAAGCCUUACGAUAGUACCCUCUUUUGGUGCGCCGAAUGCUGUCCAAAACGACUUCAAGAUGAUUUCCCAAAUUGGACGAGCGGAAAGAAAGAGUUGGAUGAAUGUAUAAGAAGAAAUCAAUUGAAUGCCGUUGGACACAAGAAUUAUUUCGAAUGGAUCCCGUUCGAGAGAUUUACGGAUAUUAAGAAAAUUGGAGAAGGAGGGUUUGGAAUCGUAUAUUCUGCCAUCUGGAUUGAUGGUCCGAAAUGGAAAUGGGACAAUGAGAGAUUGAAAUGGGUUGCAUCUGGUCCUAGGAAGAUUGCUUUCAAAACGCUUAAACGUAAUGCUAUGUUCAAAGAAUUUUUAAAUGAACUUGAAUGUCAUUCUCUUUGUGUAAGCGUUAGAAGGAUCGUUCAUUGCUUCGGUGUCACCCGUGAACCAAAAACUGGAUACUAUAUGAUGGUUACUAAUUUUGCAAAUGAGGGUGAUUUAAAUUCAUAUAUUAAAAAACGACAUCAAGACUUGAAUUGGGAACGAAUAAUUCGCUUGUCACGAGAUAUCGCUAAAGCUCUUCGAGGACUUCAUAGAGAGGGUCUUAUUCAUCGUGACCUUCAUAGUGGUAAUAUCCUAAACCAUGUGACAUGCAAUGGAAUCACAUGGACUUGGCUUGCCGACUUGGGGUUAUGUGUGAAAGAAGAGGAUGUUGCGCGACUAGUGAUGGAGAAUGGACCAUUGUUUGGAAAGAUUGGAUAUAUGGCACCUGAAGUACUUCGUCGCAUAGAAAUAUAUACAAGAGCUGCAGAUGUCUAUUCUUUUGGAAUGAUACUUUGGGAGUUGACCUCAUGUCGUAUGCCGUUCUCUAAUAUGAGACAAGAUGUUCAUCUUAUGUAUGAAAUUAUUGAUGGCAAGAGACCAAAGAUUGUUGAAGGUACACCACCUGCAUUUGCUAAACUCAUCGAAGAUUGUUGGCAAACUGAUCCAAAUUUGCGGCCGACCAUGGAAACAGUUCAUAAAAGGAUUUGGUCAUUCGCAAAUUCAAUGAUCAAGGGAAAUCGCAAAGACAGAUAUGGAUUUCGAGCGGCGGAGGAGAAAAGAAGUUUGAUUUUGUCAAAAAUGGCGUAUCCAGAAGUGAUUAAUAGUCAACAAAUUUUUCUAAGGCCAAGGCCACUUGCGCGAAGAUUUAAUCAAAGUGAAAAUAUUUUUAGACAGAACCUCUUAAUUAAAUCUAAUAAUGAUCAUAUUGGCUCUCAUGAAUAUAGUUGUGCAAUUGAUUCUCAUGCUAAUGUUAAUAGUCGUUGCAGUCCUAAAUUUGAAGAUACAAGCAACUCAUUAAUAACCCCUAGAAUGAUUGCAUAA